UUUGAAAAGUCUGGCAACGCUGUACACGAAGCCGGCAGAAUGCAGUGGCUUAAAUUGUUAAUUUAUUUUAUUUCAAUACUAAUAUUAAAUACAAAUGCCGAAUUUGAACGCGAUCCCAAUGGGUACAUUGCCUACUGUCCCUGUAUGGGACGCUUUGGUAACCAGGCGGACCAUUUCUUAGGCUCGCUAGCCUUCGCCCAGGCUCUAAAUCGGACAUUAAUUUUGCCACCAUGGGUAGAAUAUCGCAAAGGUGAAAUGCGCUCCCGUCAGGUGCCUUUUGACACAUAUUUCGAGGUGGAGCCGCUGCAGGAGUUCCAUCGCGUAAUCCUCAUGUCAGACUUUAUGGAACACCUGGCCGAUGAGGUGUGGCCUGCCAACGAGCGCAUUGCCUUCUGUUAUAUGGAACGCAAAAGCUUGCAGCAAGAUAAAAAUGAUCCAGAUGCACCGAAUUGUCACGCCAAGGAUGGCAAUCCCUUUGGUCCAUUCUGGGAUACAUAUAGCAUUGAUUUUGUGGGCUCGGAGUUUUAUGGGCCGCUGCAUUUCGAUGUGCGUCACAGCUCGAUAGCAACAAAAUGGCAAGAGAACUAUAAAGCUGACAAGUGGCCCGUUUUAGCGUUCACCGGCGCACCGGCCAGCUUUCCCGUGCAGCUCGAGAAUCGUGAAUUGCAAAGGUACUUAGUAUGGAGUCCGAAGUAUCGAGAAGCCGCUCGAGAAUUUAUACGUACGGUUCUUCCCCGUGGCGCAUUUAUUGGACUGCAUUUGCGAAAUGGCAUCGAUUGGGUGCGUGCCUGUGAGCAUAUUAAGGAUAGCCAGCAGCUCUUCGCAUCGCCUCAAUGUCUUGGCUAUAAGAAUGAACGUGGUGAGCUCUACCAAGAGCUCUGUAUGCCCACCAAGGAGUCAAUUAUCAGACAGCUAAAGCGAACGAUUAAAAAUGUGCGUCAAUUGCAGCCGAAGAAUGAGGUGAAGUCCGUGUUUGUGGCAUCCGAUGCGAACCAUAUGAUAUCUGAGCUGACGAAUGCGCUCUCUCGUAUGGAUAUCAGCGUACAUAAGCUGCAAGAGGACGAUCCUUAUUUGGAUUUGGCCAUACUAGGACAAUCGAAUCACUUCAUAGGCAACUGCAUUUCUUCGUAUAGUGCAUUUGUUAAACGGGAAAGGGAUACGCACGGAUUUCCAUCGUAUUUUUGGUCGUUUCCAAAAGAAAAGGAACGUCAGCAAACGAAGCCCCAUGAGGAGCUGUAAAUGCCGUGACAAUUUUUGACGAGUCUCUCAAA